UAGUGUUAGCCGGCCGCUGUCGCGUGCCGCACGCGUAACGUUCAACAGUUAGAGCCUAUACGGCUGAACUGAUUCGAGCGUACGAUAAAUAAAUUUAAAAAAAAAAAGAACAACAAGGAAAUCCCGUAGCGGAGUCGCGUAUCUAAAAUCCCUUUAGGGAGUCGAACGCUUCACCGAAUUCGUAAUUUCUUAUAUAAUUUUUUUAAAACAAAGUUGAUUAAUAUCAUAGAAAUCUCAAGUUUUCUUUAAUCAACGGUGGUAUAAGGUGGUCGACGGUCAUCGUUGUGUAGUAGUGGUUACUGGUGUUCGAGCAAGACACGCAUCUCCAGCACUGCGUGAAGCCCUUCGAGUUUUACGCGAAGCGUGGACAGAGCCCCGAGCGCUGACAGAUCGCUGGAAAGCGGUAAGCGACGAUUCGUGCGCGUCUUGCGAGCGGACAAGUGUGGACAAGAUGUGGGGGAAUGAGGUACCGGCACGCGCCGCCGCAUCACCUGGGUUGCUGCGCCGGCGAUAUUCCAUGCCGGAAACUAUCAUGAGAAAAUACAGGCUGGCUCAGCAGAGAUCUGAGGCUGAAGGCGAUGAAGGAGGACGUUGGAGUGCCUCUGGAACGGCAGCUGGAACGAGAAGUUCGUGUGCUUGGUGUGGUGCUCGAGCGGGUGGUGCGCGGCGCGAAAGAGAACAUAUGCGAAAAUCUGCCUUACUACGGCUAUGGGGCAGAGCUGGUGCAUCUCCAGCUCGAGCUUGUCCUUGUGUUCCCUGUGCUCCUUGCGGCACGCGUUCACUCGAUGCGUCACAUUCAGAAUUACGUACUUCACCUAGACGUCUCAGACUAGACUCCUCCCGAGAUCGACAUUCCGACUGCUCAUCAAGUUCUCCAGUUAGAGGCGCAUCCUCCUGUACCGACCCUAUUUCAGACUCAGCGAUUGCCAGGGAAAUAUCACCAAGACGUACCGGCAGUGUAGAUAAGACACGAAUAGUUUGUACUCCUCUCAACAGUCCCGUUCUACACGUUGAGACCACUGACCGAUCUCUUACUGAUUCUUCUGAUGCAUUUACAAAAUCUAUGCCAACAAUGAAAGAAGUUGCAUUCAGAAAUCCCGAACCAUUCACUCAUGUAUCAACAAGCGAGUACAUAGACGGUCGAGUGAGCGAAAGGUCAGUUAGUGCAGAAAAUGAGGAAAGCAAUGUCGUUCCAUAUAAUAAACCUCUAACUUUGGAGACGCCUCCUUAUGAUAUCUUAGAAAUCGUCGUAUCUGAAACAUUAGACGUAAGACCAGCUCCAGUAAUAAAGAGCAGUUCACCUGAAAAAUUACUUUAUAAAAGUCAAGUAUCCAAUUACAAAAACUCUAAUAUAGAUAUAGAUGAGUACGUGUCUAAUAUUCUGGUUGAGAGUUUAAAUUCUCUAACCGAUCAGCUCGAGUCAAUGAACGCGUCAAUUGGGAGUGAUCGGAAGAUGAGCAUCGUUGAAAAAGAAAUCAAAGUAAAAUUACAAAACACUGGUGUUAAUACAAUUGUUCAUUUGAGCCCAACAUCUAACAAUCAAAUCAUAUUUGGUAACGAAGAGCUUUACGAGAGUGAUGGAAGGCGGGACAAUUGCAAUAAUCCGCGUGACUCGUGUAGUGUAAAUAUUCGCGAUGAAGCACCUAGUGUUGAAACUAAUAAUAAUGUUACUUCCGCUGAUAGCUUGCGACAUGAAGAGGUUACACAUAAUCAUAACCAAUCUAAGUCUGAGAAUUUUUUGAAUAUACCAAAUGAAAGUGUAAACAAAGCAGUUUUACAACAGAUACAGAAACUUUUUCAGGAAGAGCUUCAGAGUAUUGAACCAGAUGUACAUUCGCCAGAUGGAAAACGACCAGGAAUUUCGCACAUUGAAAUUUCAAAUGUUGAUGUCUUUAUAGAAAAUAAUGAUAGUUCAUUUCAAAAUACUGAGACCAUUGAAAUGCAGACGACAAGAAAUUCAGCGGGCGGUCAAAUACUAGGGGGAGUUGUUUCUGGUAACUAUUAUCAGGAAGUAGAUGAUAAUGCUAUCGUACCCCGAUUUUCUGCCUUUCCGCACACCGAGUCGAUGGAAGUCAAUACAUCUUCUUCCGAGGAUGCUGAACUUUUGGGUUCAGAGUGCACAAGCCUUGUUGACAGUCUAGAUGAUCCAAACUCUCCGCGAUCGAUACUUUUAAGAAGAUCCUUUAAUAACAACAAAAGAAGUGAACUUGUGCGAUCAGCUAUAGACGUCUUAGAUUUACUACCUGAAAAUGCCAAUCAAACUACAUCUCCAAAAGAAAAAGGUGAAUCAUUCUUUAUAAGAAUAAAAGACGAUGACUGCGACUGCGAAAAAGAGAAUAUCGUAGUAGCCGACCAUAUGCCCGAAACUAUAAAACAGAGAUUAUACCGGCGUCACAGGAAACGAGAAAUGCGCAUGGAAUGUGCGCGUCGUAGUAAGGUGAAGCAAUUGAAACGAGAUAUUGAAUCUCAAAAUCGUCAAGAACUCUAUAAAUCAAAGAAAGAAGUGGAAAAGGAAUGCAUGAUUAUAAUAAAUGCAAUCAUAGAUGAUGUUAUUGCGAAAAUAGCACAAGACGAGUAUAAAUGUAUGCGUAUAAGUCAACGAUCGAAUAAAUUACUUGCUACAAAAUCAGAUGAAAACUUAUUGAAGAAGCAAUGGAAGAAAGAUAGUAAAAAUAAUAAUAACAGAAAUGCACGGAAGUUAGUCAAAAAUAUCGUUUCUCAUUCGUGCUCAGACAAUCUCGAUAAAGAUCAUAGAAAAAGUGAAAGACUCAUACGAGGCAAACUUUCUCUUCAAACACAUCCACCAAUUUCAUCAGAUGAAGGUGGUCCAAAGCGAAUAUACCAAAAAUCGGAGAUUCACGACGGGAAUAAAUGUAUUGAAAUACUUGAGAUAAUCGAGUAUGUUAAUAGUUCACAAAAUUCUGAUACGACCACUUCAGAUGAAAAUCAUAAUCUAAAUUCGAGGAAUAGAAAAUCAAGAAUUCCAGUUCCCGUGAAUGAGAAAAUUCAAAGGGUAUAUGAUGGUAAUACACAAAAAAAUAAAAGUAACGGCAGUAAAAGAACUCCACCGAUCCUCUCGCGAGAGAGAAACGGCAAACCGAGCCAUCUGCUAGCUAACAUGUUGCUAGAGGCGCUGGGAGACGAAAUUCUCACGGAUGUUCAAGAUGCGCCCACGCGUCGCGGUUCCGUUCCUUGCGAAUCACGUGCACGCUCAAAUUCAUUACGCUUUAAAAAUGUAUUUGAUAUUAUACCGGAAGAAAGAAGUAGCCUCAGUAUAGAAUCAACAGGCGAUGACUCCGCUUACAACCGUCGAGCAUCAGCUCCAAGUCUAAGCGACGGCUUAUAUUCGACCGAUCAGGAAGAAAAGAGAACCAAACCGACCGAAUCUGGCCAAUACUACGAUAACAGAGGAGUAUCUACAGAGAUACGAUGUGCAGAGAUGAAAAGUACAGGAACUUCGCCUAUUCACGAGGUGUACCGCGCACCAGUACAUGUCAAUGUGGGAGCGAUGACGUCACCGAUUCGCAAAUCGGCUUGUACGAGUCCUAUACGAAUAUCGAACACCGAGGCGCGCGAACGAAACCACUGUCAGCACACGAGCCGCAAGCAGCUGACGCAGCCAAAACUCGCCAAGCGGGCGUCGACGCAGAGGCACGAGGAGGAAGGUUCCACCGUCAGGCGGAAGUCGAUCUCGUCGCAGUGCGAGCCGACCCGUCGGUUACGAGGCGGGAACAGCGAAAGAGAAACAAUUCCCUCAAUAUUUCGCCUCAAGCGCGGCAAAAAGGACGAGGAAAGUCUGGGGUCGAACUCGCUCUCCGAGAGACGAUCUUCUGAGGUCUCGUCACUGGGAGAUAAAGAGCGCCGAAAAGAGCGCUUGAAAGUUCGAAAUUUGCUGGGUGCGACUGGGAGGGAGAGACGGGGCAAGAGUCAGGUGAAUGUAGAUGAGGAGAAGAGACAGAGGGGAGGGUGUGGGAAGCGCGAGGGAGAGGACGGUGAGGAGGGAUGGAGCUCGAGCGAGUCGAGUGGCAGUCUGCUGUGUUCGCUGGCGCCCGCGUGGCUCACAGCGCGCCGCAGACGACGACGCGCCGCCCCCCCAGGCGAGUGGGCGGUGACAGUCGCAGGUUCGUGUCCGGCUGCGUUACCCAACGAUGUCGAGAUGCGCCUGCGCUUCCCGGAUCCACGGCGACGUAGCUCCGUGAUAUCCGAACAGACACCGCGCGCCCCGCCCUGCGCACGCGCUGUUGAUUGCGGCGCGCAAUGCACGCAGGGACACACACGCCGUUCACUCGACGAGGCGGGCAGACUCACGCUUACCGUGAAAAAGGAGGCUUCAGACUCUUCAAUAGUUGCGUCGAAGAGUGUGAAUAAGUCAUCCGAGAUGCUGCCUGAUCUCCACACGUACCGCGCUUCACGUAGCAAAACGAGAAGCUCUGUGAAGACGCGGCAGGGGUACUCCCUACAUUGCUGGCUUCCAGAAGAAGAUCCUACGCCGAUAAGAGCACGUAACGGCCUGGCCGUGGAGGGCAGCGCCAUUGUGCCGCGACGGAAGCCCCGCGCGCCAUCUAUGAGCGAACGUGAUCUCACGCGCACUCUGCCGGCCAGACACCAUCUACCGUUAAAUUUACGAAACAUUUUCUAAUUUGUGUAAAAGUAGCCUUGACCCCAUCUAUCAUUAUUAGACAAUAUUAUUUAUCGCAUUUAACACAAUUCCAC